GAGAAGUCAGCGAUCACAUGGCGAGCUGUCAAUGACUUUACGUAAACUGAAACUCUAAUUAUUCCGAAUAUUUAAAGACAAUAUCACCAUAAUACCUACAUGCAUGCGUGUCCGUUCGUCCUGGGUGAGUUAACAAAGGGUACUUUAAACCUAUCCCCGCGAUGGGAUGCUAUAAAAGGAGGAAAAAAGCCGACUGUUGAGAUGUUAAUGGCCGUACGUGUGUGUUUCUAAAUUACGUAUCCGCACGACAUCUACGGGACUGAACUUUCGCAAUGAAUUUUGUAUUUUUGCCGUCGGUUGUCAAAAAUGAAAUUUAAUUAAGCUUCGCUUUAUGCAUGCGGUGAUAACAGGAAGAUUAGCAAUACAGUGACAUGCAGGGAGAACUGUUGUGUUGACUUGUUUACAGUUUACCACGUGUGUGUAUCAGUGUGUGUUCAUAACGAUAAUAUGGUUUGUAGAUGAUGGUUUUACCAGAAGUAAUGCCAUCGCAGCCUCUGGUUGCUGUCUGUCUAUUUGAUCUGAAAAUCAUGGAUUGAAUCCUGCGGUUUCUAAUCAAAAACUUCCUAAAGGUAUAUUCGGAACUUGAAGUAGACGUUGGAAUAUAACUAUGACAAUCUAUAAGUUUGGGAGGAGAUAAUUCACAGACGAUUUCAUAAAUGGAUAUUAAAUCAUUUCUAUGGUUAUCGAUUUUCCUUUCGUGUUUGUCGGCGGGACACACUGGUUCGAAUUUCUUAAGGAACAAAAUGGAACGCCAAGGACUGACCGACAUAGAGUCGACAAACCUUUUAUUCAGCAACAAUGAUAUCAGGUUCAAACGAGGAAUAGCGAAGGGUGAGUUGGUAACACUUGAGGUAAAGUUUGGAUACAGAGGGGAAAACUUCAGUAUACAGCUGAGUACUCCACGACAGAUUUUACACCCAUCGGCCGAAAUACUUUCUCAAACGGAUGAGACGAGUGUUCGAUGGACAAAAGAUCAUCCGAAUUGCUUUCUUACUGGAACCGUGACGUCACAUCCUGGUAUUGCCUCCUUUUCAAUCUGUGAUCAAAUCAUUGGGAUUAUAAAGGCUGGUAACAAUGAUCUUCAUGUACAAUCUUUAUCUGGAACUUCAAAACGAGGAUCUAUACAGGUGCUUGUUGGGCGACAAAAAGAAAGGGAUUCUCAAUCAAAUCAUUUACACGCCAAUUUAGAGAAGCUACAAGAACACGAAAGAAGCAGACGGUCGGUGACGUCACACAACAUCACCAUAGAGUUGGCGGUGUACACGGACGCUGCCUACACACAGGCCAUAUUGGUGAAAGACUUCUCCAAGAGACUGGAACACAUUCUUCUCAAAUAUUACGCCGUUCAGAUGGAAUGGUCAAGGUUCGAUAUGCUCGGGUACCACGUGCAACUUGUUCUGAAGAAAGUCCACUUCUAUGAAACAAACCCUUCUUGGUACAACUCCUCGGCAACGUUACUAGGGAGCGUGCUGUCCACUUUCUGUGUGGCUACUAAGGAUGAUGGAGCAUUCGAUAUACGAUAUAUGCAUGUCGGUCUGACCAACCUGGACGUCCUGGGGCGGGCCUACCAGAACUCUGUGUGUAACCCGACCUACAACUGUGCCGUAGACACGGCGACAGGCGCCGCCAGUUUUGCCGCCACGGCGCACGAAAUUGGACACCUUAUGGGAAUGCUGCACGAUGCCGACCGAGGCUGCACCGGAAGUAACAUUGGUGUGAUGGGCGGUUACGGAACUGGUUGGAGCAGCUGUAGUAAAAGCGACAUGGACGCUCUAUUGCAGAAAGGAGGGAAAAAUUGCCUUUGGGAAGAAAAUAUUCCUUCCGGAGAUGUUCAACAGAACCUGGCUGAUAUCGCAAUCAGUCCCAGUAUACCGGGUCAGCAGUACUCGCCUGAUCAGAUAUGUGAACUCAAGUAUGGUUCUGGAUAUCGAUUUCGGAAGUAUCCAAAAUUGGAUGUGUGUGUGCUAUACUCAUGUGCCAAUCACAAUCAUGCUCAAAGUAAUUACGGCCAAAUGUUUAGAGAAGGCACGUCCAUUUUUGGCAUGUACUGUGAUAAAAGUAAAAUCUGUUUUAAAAUGGGCUGUGUAGAUGCAUCAACCGCCAAACUAACCAACCUGGUGGAGCGUGAAGGUGGGUGGAGUCAAUGGGGGCCCUGGACUGGGUGUACCAGAACAUGUGGGCAUGGCAUCAACUACCGGAAGCGGAAGUGUGACAAUCCAGCUCCCAUCAAUUUCGAGGGUUGUCAAGGUGAUGGAUACGAAGCUGAAGCGUGCAAUAAGGAGCCAUGUCCCAGUGAUAGCUCUGACCUUGCAACACUGAGAGAUCAGCGAUCUAGUGAGACGUGUAAGAGACUAAGGGACAGCAAUGUGAUCAACCCUGACCUCUACAACGAAACGGGGUCAAGGUAUUCCAAUAUAGACCACGGUCAAUGUGAGGUGACCUGUGACCCCGCCCCCGGGCACACCACCCCAGACUUUACAAGAUUCGGGUUUAUGCCGGACGGUGUGGCAUGUACCGGAGGAUCUGACCCCUGGGAUCUAGACAACUGGCCCCGGAAUUCCGGAUCUUACUACACGUGCUUAGACGGUCUAUGUCAGAGGUUUGGAUGUGACGAUAAAUUCAACGGAAUGACGUAUGACGAAUGUGGGGUAUGUGGGGGAGAUAACUCUACUUGUACCGUGGUAUCACAAGUGUUCACACAGACACAAAGCAAAGGUGGUCGCCUUACUGUUGCUACACUCCCAACUGGAGCCUUCAAUAUCCAAUUUUGGUUUCCUUUUAAAGAGAUGGGCGGCAACUAUUUAGAAAUUUACGACAAGCAAGGGAAGGUAAUUUUGGCCAGCCUGUAUUCCGGAAAGUUUGAUACAAGAAAUGACCCGUUAGUGUUCGCUGGUACCGAGUGGCACUUUUACUUCCAUACACAGUUUCUUCACGCUAAAGGACCACUGAAAGAAACAUGUGAGAUCAAGUUAUUUCAGUAUGAUGCCAACGGCAAUGUUGGUGUAAACUACAUAUACUCGGAAUCUAAACCAGUGAUUUUCGACUGUGAUUUUGAGGGCUCUACGGGAUGUGGGCUCACUAUGAAUGGUUUUGCUAAAGCCUCGUACAGGUCCACAGAAAUACUCGACCCACCUGACAAAUCUGAUUUUGGGGAAUCCUUUAUUUACAUUGCCAGCGAUUCAUUGGACACAGAGGGAACCCUUCUUACAAGAAAUAUAACAGGUACAAGUCGCUCCCAGUGCUUGGCCUUUAACUAUCACAUUACCGGAACAAGCUCCAACAUCAAAGUAUUCUGGGAGAGCAAACUUGAUGACGUCAUCGGGUGGACCGCAAAUCCUGAAAUGAAUACUCUAUCGUGUGCAGCAUUUAGCAUUUCCACGUUAGAAACAGAUAAGAUCUUAAUUAAAGGAGUUACGAAAAGUGCAGACAAUGGCACGAUUGCUCUUGACAAUGUAAAGCUUUUCCCCAACACUGGAAGCUUUUGCAAUGCGUUAGAAGCUUGCACAAGAGAUGUUACAAUUACUACCACGCCUAAACCACAGGAUACAACGUCGGGCUCGGCCUCCACCAUAACUCCACCAACACAACCCAAAGACAAAUUUAAUAAGAUGCUUAUUCUUGGAAUAACAGUGGGAUGUUUCUUUUUGGUAAUUUUGGUUGUUGUCUUUGCAUGGUUUUCUUGGUAUAGAUCCGGGGAUUUGCAGGGUAAGCAGUGCAGGGUAUCUGGAAAUUUCCAGGGUUUCUCAAAACGAGACAGUCGUAGUCAUCUUACCACGACAGAGGAUAUUCAGGUGUACAUAGAACAGCAUCCUGAUUACGAUAUAGAAAUUUGUCCAGACUAUGAUUGACUAAUUACGUCUUAACGCCAUUGGAUUGAUUAUGCCUAAUGUAAUAUUGUAUUUUCAAGAACUAUAAUUUAUUAUACAUCUAUGCAUGUUUUUUCGAUUGUUCUCAAAUGUCAUGUCAUCAUUUGAAAGCAUUAAAUGUAGGGCCUUUUUUUUUUGUUAUGCUACAAGUGAUAUGUUAAAUGUGUAGUGUAUGUUUUGUGCUUGUAAUAAAAAUAUUGCGGAUACAAUCUGCUCAGGUUGUGUAUUUUUUUUUUGAAAACAAGUAUGUGUAUAUGUAUGUCUAUAGCACCAGUGUAUGAUUAUUGUUGAAUUAUUAAGAAUAAAAUACCCACUUUACAUUAA